UCUUUGGAUGCACCAUUCCGAUUUGAAAUCAGUUGGUUCGUUUGCACGUGUUUGGAGAUCGACUUAAUAGAAGAUAUUUAACUACAUUUAACAGCAAAUUAGUGUUUACUUACACCAUGGAAGAAGACGUUGGCGUUAAAGUAACAGUAACAAGACUGAGACGGCGGAUGUCUGUGGAACAAUCUGAAGAUGGUGGGUCCCCGGCACCCUCAACACCAACCAAGAAGCGUGGGGGGAGGCUGGCAGCCAAACCACAACUGGAACUCAUUGAUGAAAAUGCCCAAGUGAGCAGUCCCAGAAAGACCAGAAGGAAGUCCUUAGCCACAGAGGCUGAAGAGAAAACGAUCACACCAUCUAGGAGGAGCGCCAGAAUCAAGUCCAACAGCAGCAUUGUGUCAGAAACACUGUCGGUGACAGCAACAGACUCUCCUAGAGCCAAAAGAGCCGCCCGGAGAAACUCGCAAGCUGGAAGUGAUAAUGAUGGCCCGGCAACUCCCGUCAGGCAGACGAGGAGAACUAGAAAAGAUUCCACUUCAAGUGUCGAGAACCUUGGUACUAUAUCCGUCCCGUCACCGCGGUGUUGGUCAGACAUCAUCGGGGUGGCGCGCCCGGAUCAAGUAAUACUGCCGUUGGCGGCGGAUACCAGCAGCCAUGAAGAGACCAGCACCGUGAUCAAACCACUACCAGUAGCAGAAAUGGUAAUUGAAGAAGAACCAGAGAAUGAAGUCCAAAAAGCAGAUAACAAAUCUAACUCACCCCUUUCUGCAGCUGAUACUGAGGAAUUGUCCCCCAACAGUGCAAGAAAAAGUAAACGACUUUUAGAAAAAAGAAACAGAAGAAGUGGAUCAUAUAAAACGAACCAGGACUCAAGUACUGUAGAAAAUGAAAGCUUAAACAUUUCUAUUGGAAAUAAGGAAGCUGAUUUAGUAUCCCAAGAUUGUCCAUCAAAUAAAUCGGUCAAAUCCAAAGAAUCGAAUGACGAUCUUUCUGAGUCUAAUAUGAGCUUGUUGAAAAAAAUUGAAACUGAAUCGAAAAUAAAUACAUUAAAUCACAACAAAAGCACAUCAGCUUUAGAUACUGCUGCAAAUGAUAAGACUAAGAGAAUUAGAACAGAAUCAUGGCCAGCAGUCAUAAUAUCUGAAAAAGACAUUAUUAGUUUCAGUGACAAUGAACUCUCUAAGAAACGUAAAGGAAAAUCAAGUAGAAAUACUUCCGGAUUAAAUGUUACAGAUAGCCCUAAGAUUGACAAAUCCAAUACAUCCAUAACUGAUAAAAAUACUUCACACUCAUUUUUAGACACAUCUUCAAAAAGGAAGAAAAAGAAAGGUGACACUAACAGUGAAGAUAAUUCAAAACCCUCUGAUGAUAGUAACAUGUUGCAAGUGCUAGCCCCGAAAGAAGACAUCAAUACUACUAAUGAUAUUGCCAGUGAAAAAUCUGACAAUGGAGAUGAUAUGGCAAAGUUAUUUGAAAACACGCCUGGCAAUGUGCAGGCCACAGUAUAUUUCGAAGAUUCAGACUCAAACAGUGUUGGCGCCCCAACUAAUAAAAUUGAACAUUUAGAUAGUGAAGAUCAAUGUGUUCCUGAAGUAAAACACGAUUUCCAAGAAAAAAAUACACCUAAUGAACUUAACGGAAAUGAUAAUAUUAUUCUAUCAAAUCAAGUUGAUAUAGAAAAUGUUCCUAGCGCUGAGAUAAGUAUCCCGAAAAUAAUUUGUGAUGAUGUUAACGACAGUUGUGAGCCAAUGGAUAUUGAUGAAACCAUUCAUGAAGAAAUUUUACAGAAAUCUUUGGAAACAACACAACAGUCUAAUAAAUCUUUCAAUUUGUCAAAACAUAGUAUUAUAGAAGAUACUAAUGGCUCUAAGAGAAAAUCAUCAAUUUCAAACUCUGGUACAAACACUCCAGAUUUGUCGAUAAAUGAUAAGAGGAAAUCGUCAUUAUCCAACUCUGGUGUAAACACUCCAGAUCUAUCGAAAGAUAACAAGAGAAAAACGUCAAUAUCCAACUCUGGUACAAACACUCCAGAUUUGUCGAAAAAUGAUAAGAGUAAAUCAACAAUUUCAAACUCUGGUGUAAACACUCCAGAUUUGUCGAAAGACAACAAAAGAAAGACAUCAAUAUCCAACUCUGGUACAAACACUCCAGAUUUGUCGAAAAAUGACAAGAGAAAAUCAUCAAUUUCAAACUCUGGUGUAAACACUCCAGAUUUGUCAAAUGACAACAAGAGAAAGACAUCAAUAUCCAACUCUGGUACAAACACUCCAGAUUUGUCGAAAAAUGACAAGAGAAAAUCAUCAAUUUCAAACUCUGGUGUAAACACUCCAGAUUUGUCAAAUGACAACAAGAGAAAGACAUCAAUAUCCAACUCUGGUACAAACACUCCAGAUUUGUCGAAAAAUGACAAGAGAAAAUCUUCAGUUACAGACUCUGGGACUGAUACUCCAGAUAAAACCAAAAUUGAUAAAAGAAAAUCAUCAAUUUCAAACAGUACUGCACACACUCCAGAUUUAUCUAAAAAUAAUACUACUAACAAUAAAAGCACGUUGAUAUUAUCCCAAUUAAAAGACAUAUCCUCUACCUCGGAUAACGUCAAGUCACCUAAACAACCAACAAAUGAUUUAUUAUCGAAAUCAGACAUUAAUGAAAAAAGUAAGAAGAAUAAAAUAUCAUCUAAAGGCAAUCUUUCUUUGAAUGAUGUUAAAGGAACACCAAAGCAAAACGCUAUUCCAAAACUGACAAUGCAGACUAGUACUCCUAUUACUACACAACAGCUCGGUAUCAAAACAAAAACAGAAGAACAAAAGCAAGAAGGUACAAAGAAAAAUAAAUCUAACUUUUCCGAAUCGAUUGAUGAAACUGAUUCUUCAGAAGAGGACAGUGAUAAUGAUGAAUCUUAUGCACGUUCAGUUGAAAAGAAUAAACACAUUGACGAUGAAGCCGAAGAAGCAAGUGAUGACUACGAAUCGGGGGACAGUCAAGAUGAAGAGGACAGAAGGUACGAAGAAGAGAAUGAAAUUGUACAACGAGGCGAAACUCUAACCUCAGAUGACGAUAUGUCUAAUGACACUGAUUAUGAGAAAGAUUCGUUUGUAGUAAGUUCAGAUGAAGAUGAUAAUGAGUUGCUUUCUGGCUCUGGAGAUGACCUCUCAAUGAGUGAUAAAGAACUGACAAUGAGCAAGAAAAGCAAGAAGAAGUUUAAUGAACGUAAAUUAAAAGAACAAAAGAAUGCAUCUAGAGAAAUGUUUGAAUCACGCCACAAACUAAACUCUUCGGAUCAAAAAUCGCCGACUCCUAAAACCAAGAAAAAUCGAAUGAGAAUAGACUCGUCCUUAUUAGCAUCUGAUGAAGAAGUAGCAGUUAACCCUAAGAAAUCCAAUCGCAUGCGUUUGGAUUCUACUCUCAACGAAAGUGCCAAACUGGAAGAUACCAAUGUGUCAUUGAACAAAAGCAUUAAGAAUAAGUCUAAGCAAGGCUCUGCUCUUGAUACCAGUGAAAGACAAGUAGAUACCAAUUUAUCGCUCAAAAAGAACAAGUCUAUGCAUGACUCUGCUACUGAUGAAAAGGAAAUAACAGUCUGCAGUGCCAGCACCAUAGACAAUGCGGAUCCCUUGCAAGUGCAUGUAAAACAAGAACCUAAGACACCCCAAAAAGAUAUGAACAUCUCUGUUGUUCAGUUCACUGACCGGGAAGAAAUCGAAAAUGUACAAAUAACAGAAGGCCAUUCUAUUAUGAACCAAACUGGUAAGGACCCGUUACAAGCUACGAUGGCUUGUGAAGAUACUUCGGACAGUAGUGAAAAUGAAGAGAUCUUGCAGAAUUAUGACUCUGUACUGAAUGAACUAAACAAAGACAAGAAAACUAAAUUCAACAAAAACAAUGUUUCUUUGAAUAGUGGCAAUACAACUAAAAGAAAUCAAGUUGAGCCAAUAAUCGAUCAAUUGAACUUGACCCAGACUAAAAAAUCAAAGAAAAACAAGGAUACCAAGGGAGACGUUUCAGAUUCAAAAAUAGUUAAAGUUUCAAAGGAAAAACAAGAAACAGAUAAUGAAGACUCCUCUGAUUCAAUCGACCUACAGUUACUGUUUUCUGAAGAUAAUUGUGGCAGUGACGAUGAACAGAUGUCGCAGAAAAACAAGGCAGAUGACGACAGUAUGUUUAUCCCACUAAAAAAGACCCCUGGAAAAACAAAUAUUCGGGAAAGUAUUGAAAUGAAUGCAUCCCAGCAAGAUACUACUCUAAACGAAAGUAGUAAAAAGAAAAAGAAUCGAAAAUCUUCAGUAGGACCAGCAGAAACAGUUGAUGAGCAAGAUAUCAACUCAUCAGAACAGGACGUUAAUCUGAAUGUAAGCACCAAGAAGAAAAAGAAACAUUCCAUAUCAGAAGCCGCUCUUGAGGAAUCUCAAGAUAUAUCGAGUGUUUCCAUGAAUGAAAGUGGUAAAAAGAAGAAAAAGAAACAAUCUAUAUCGGAGCCCACUGAAGAGGAGGCCAAAGAUACUUUGAACAUCUCUAAAGAUGUUAACGUUUCUAUGAAUGAAAGUAGAAUAAAGAAGAAAAAGAAACAUUCUAUAUCAGAGUCCGCAGAAGAGGAGGCCAAAGAUACUUUGAACAUCUCUAAAAAUGUUAUUUCAAUGAAUGAGAGUGGAAAGAAGAAGAAAAAGAAACAUUCUCUGUCAGAGCCCGCCGAAGACGACACUCAAGAUACUUUAAACACAUCUAAAAAUGUAAACAUUUCUUUGAAUGAAAGCGGAUUAAAGAAGAAAAAGAAACAUUCUGUGUCAGAGCCCACUGAAGAGGAAACUCAAGAUACGUUGAACAUCUCUAAAACUGUUAACAAUUCUAUAAAUGAAAGUGGAAAGAAGAAGAAAAAGAAACAUUCAGUGUCAGAGCCCGCUGAAGAGGAUACUCAAGAUACUUUCAACAUCUCAAAAAAUGAAAGUGGAAAGAAGAAAAAGAAACAUUCUAUAUCAGAGCCAACUGUAGAGGAAAAUCAAGUAGGUCCUGAUGCUGCAGACACUGAACUUAAUGAAAAAACAAAGAAAAAGAAAAAACGCAAGUCUUCCUUAGCUACAGAACCUGAAAGUAGUGACCUCUUUUUCAUAGAUACAACUGGAACCUUACAGGAUAAUAAAGAUGAAUGUGGGGAGCUUGACGAUACGCCAUUAAAUGUUGUGUUCAAAAGUAAAAAGAAAUACAAGUCAAAUAUAGAUCGAUAUGAAAUUGAAUGGAAUGAAAAAACAAAUGCAGAAUCAAAUCAACCUAUAACACCAAAGAGCGAUAAGAAGAAGAAGAAGAAACAAAAAUUAGAAGCUUUAGUUCGUGACGACGAUUCAGAUGGGGCCCCGGACGAAGUCCCAUAUCAAAGUGAAAAAGCGUCCGAAGUGGAUUUGCCAAAUAUAGAAAGUGUUAGUGAAUCAGCAGACGGUGCCAAGAAAAAACAUAAAAAGAAGAAGAAGAAAUCAGCGUCUGCUUCUAGUCAAUCGGGUGAAAACAUUGAUACUCAGAACUUAAUUGCUUCUAACUCUAAGAAACGUAAGAGGAAGUCUUCUAAUGCGGAAUAUUCUCAAGAAUCUGAAGAUGUCCAAGAGAGCGUGGAAACUGGAAAGCAUAAUGAAUUGGUCGGCAGCAAUAAAAAACGUAAAAUCUCGCAGAAUGAAGAUAACAACACAUCAGGCUCCAGUGAAUCUAAAAAUGCCAAGAAAAAGAAAAUGAAAAAUCGUGAUGAUAAUUACCAAGACACUGCAUUUACAUCAGCAACGACCGAAACACAAGUUAAGAAAAACAAAAAGCGAAAACAUAGAGAUGACGACGGCGAUAACAAGCAGACGAAGGUUAAAAAGGACAGUUCGUUCCAGGAAGUGCACGUGCCGCGUCUUCCGGAUAACAUUCUUCAGCAACUAGAUGAUAAGCCCAGAAAGAUCGAGAAGCCAAAAGUCAUAGCUACAUCCAAUUUCAUGGUUGAAAAUGCCAGGCAAAAGAGGGCCAAACCUUCAAACUACUUGGAAGAGAGCAUUUACCUUGAUAAAAAGUCCCCACUAACUAAAAGACAAAAACAACGCAUCAAAAAGCCUAAAGUGUUACCAUUUAUACCCACUGCUUCAAUAUCAGACAGUGGAUAUACGACAAAUUUCAAAAUUAACAAGCUGUCACAAGCUACGAGAUUUGAAGCAGAACCGGUCGUUUUUUCCAAAGAAACGUAUUUGCAAAAGAAUAAUAUUAAAAGAUUAGGAACUUAUGACCGGUACAAAAAGCAAAUGCAUCAUAAAAUGUCCAAAUUUUAAUGACAAUAAAGUGCCAACACACAAUGCAGUAAUGGUCAUGUUACUUGUUAGUCAUGUAGCGAACGCUGGCGUCGCGGCAUCUGCAAAAGUAGCAUGUCAUUAUUUUUAAUAUAUUACCUAUCUAAAAAGCAAAAUAAUUGAGUUUGAGAAAUUAUGUCAGUCAAUAGGUGGUCAAUAGCAUUCUGGAACAUAUCUCAUAAUAAUCGUAUCCAUUGUUGUCAACACAUUCAUUCUUGAUUUUUCAUGUAUCAAAAGUACCAACAUUCCAAUUGUUUUAUGAACUGAAAUGAAUGUCAUGUAUAAUAUAGUUCUUAAUAAUUUUGUGCCGAACUAUUUUAUAAGAAUAAUAAUUAUAAUUUUGUUUAGAACUAACCGUUGUUCCCACUUAAUAUCAGUAUCGUGAUCUUGAGUCUGUUAAUAGUUUUUAGAUUGAUCAUUUCGUUAAUUGACGUUUUAUGUUAUUUAAUGUUUGUAAUAUUUUUAUUAUUAUUGUUUUACGACGUAAUGCCAUUGUAAUGCAAAAUUAAUGACUAUACUACUUCAAAUCUCCCGCCAUCAGGAUAAAGUUACCUAUGAUGUCCGGUAGGUGGCGUGAGAGAGCAACUAAAAUGGUAUUGCCCAUGUGCUCUUACUCUAAGACUUAUUUAUUUUAAGUUUGAAUUGUUGUAUUGUAUCUUUGAAUAAAAUGUUCUUUGGCAUUUAAUAAUUAUUUA